UCUCUCUUGGUUGGAGAGUGUUGCACUGACGCACCGCUGCAUCAUCUUGCUCCUCAAAGAUUCUCGCGGCUUCACUUAGCAGUUUUCUGAAGGGAGAUGUGACCAAAUCAUCAGAGAGCCGCGUCAUUUCGUAGCAAGUCGCCAAUGACAAAGCAGGCAGUCGCUGCCUGCAGGUGUUAAUCUACAAUUCAGCACCAUAUUUGCUUCAGAUGCAGGAAGCACCGCGCUGAGACUUAAGGAAAACAGGUUCCCCCUCUUGUCACCAUGAGCACAUGCAGCAGGAAGGCCCUGACAUUGCUCAGCAGUGUCUUUGCAAUCAGCGGCCUGGGGCUGCUGGGAGUGGCGGUCAGCACCGACUACUGGUUGUACCUGGAGGAGGGCGUCAUCAUGCCGCUGAACCAGAGCAUCGCCAUCAAGACCUCGCUGCACUCGGGCCUCUGGAGAGUCUGCUUCCUGGCCGGUGACGAGUCCGGUCGCUGUUUCACCGUGGCCUUCAUCAUGCCCAUGAACGUCCAGCUGACGUCAGAGUCCACAGUAAAUGUGCUCAAAAUGAUCCGCUCCGCUACUCCGUUCCCGCUGGUCAGCCUCUUCUUCAUGUUCAUCGGCUUCGUCCUCAACAACAUCGGCCACGUCCGGCCUCACCGCUCCAUCCUGGCGUUCGUGUCCGGGAUCUUCUCCAUCCUCUCAGGUCUGGCCCUUGUGGUGGGUCUGGUGCUGUACAUCUCCAGUAUCAAUGAUGAAAUGCUGAACAGGACGAGGAACAGCGAGACCUAUUUCACCUACAAGUACGGCUGGUCCUUUGCAUUCGCUGCCAUCUCGUUCCUGCUCACCGAGAGCGCAGGCGUCAUGUCCGUGUACCUGUUCAUGAAGCGCUACUCGGCCGAGGAGGCUUACCAGCCUCGCCACCCGAGCUUCUACCGGCCUCGCCUCAGCAACUGCUCCGACCACUCGGGCCAGUUCCUCCACCCGCAGGUCUGGUCGCGUGGGCGAAGUCCCUCCAACAUCUCGAGCGAAGCUUCUCUCCAGAUGAGCGCCGGCUACCCUGCUCUCCUCAAAUGCCCCGACUACCGCCAAGUCUCCUCUUCGCCCUGCUGAGGGGGGGGGGGG